UUGGAGAAUGUGGACUUGUGUGAGCUGCAAGAAGGGUAGAGAGGCAGAGCCGACAAGGUUAUUGCAUUAAUAACUAUCCGCAGGGGUGGACCAGACCUGGCCCCAGCUGAGUGCCUCCUAGCACUGAGGAAAGCAGAACCAAGCUUUGCAACAAUAAACUCUCCGUGCUCGAAGAGACUGCCCACCUCUAACAGGUGCUUACCCAGUGUACUUGAAAUCCUCCAGCCACAGGGAACCCAUCACUCCCAGUGCUGCCUCAUUGGGUGCUGGGUACUCUGAUCAUGAAGAAGAGUUUCUUUCUGACUGAGGCAUAUACUGUUCCUCUCUAAAUCCCUCCCCAACUCAUGGUUCUUCUCUCUCAAGCCAGGUGAGGGAGCUGAUUUCAUCUUUUGUAUGACAGCCCUUCAAAAAUUGAAAUCUGCCUCUGUAGAAUCACAGAAUUUUAUAGCUGGAGGAAACUUCAGACACAAGUCCUGUUACAGAAGAGGAAACUGGCACAGAGAGGAAAUGGCGCUUGCAUAAGAUCUCUUGGAACAGAGCAGGACCCAGGAUGCAAGACCCUAGGCAUCCCCGAGGCCUUCCACCGUCCCCAGGCCUUCCAAAGAGACAGCGGCAAGACCGCACAGUCUACAACUGGAAACAGCAGGAAGUGCUAGAAAAUCACUUUAAGAAGGAGCCGUACCCAGGCUAUGACACACGACAAAAGUUGGCGGAGAUGCUCAACCUCGGGGAGUACCAAGUGCAGGUGUGGUUCAAGAAUCGCCGGGCCAAACGCUCUCGGGAGCGGUUGUUCCAGCAGCAGCUCCAGCAGUUCCAGCAGCGUCCUCAGCAGCAGCAGCCUGAGCAGCAGGUCCAGCCCCAGCAGCCCCAGCAGCCCCAGCAGCCCCAGCAGCAGGUCCAACCCCAGCAGCCCCAGCAGCCGCAGCAGCAGGUCCAACCCCAGCAGCAGGCCCAGCCCCAGCAACCCCAGCAGCGCCAGCAGCAGCAGCCCCAACAGGAGCAGCAGCCCCAGGAGCUCCAGCUCCAGCUCCAGCAGCCCCAGCAGCAGCGGCCCCGGCAGCAGGUCCAGCCCCAGCAACCCCAGCAGCUCCAGCAGCAGCAGCCCCAGCAGCAGCGGCCCGGGCAGCAGGGGCAGCCCCAGGCAGGCCACAGCCCGCAGAGCUCGCACUGUGCCCCCUUUCCCUGAAGCCGCGGCCUCUGCCCCCAGUCAGCCUGGCCCCUUGGGAAUUCUCCCAGUGGUGGAACUCAUGAUCUUCAGCCUCCACCAGGCCUGAAGUAUCUUUGGGUGCAGAGCCCAGGAGGGCGUUUGGCUGCCCUGGGUCUAGCCCCUGGCCCAAUCCCAGCCCCAUUCCAGGCCCACUCAAAAGCUAAGGCCCAAUCCCAGGUCCAGGCUCCAUCCUAGCCCCUGGCCCGAUUCCAAGUCAGGCUUACUCCCAGGCCCAGCUCCAGCUCCAGCUCCAACUCCAAUUUUAGGCCCAGGCCCAGGCCCAGGCCCAGGCUUAGUCCUAGCCCAAUCCCAAGUCCUGGCCCAAUCCCAAACUUACGAUCACUCCCAGACUCAGCCCUAGUCUCCUUGUUACCUCAGAGCCCUUAUGGCUCCAAUUUCUUGCCAGACACAGUCAUUCCCUGACUUCGCAGAGCUCCUCCCACCCCUGGACCAGUUCGAGGGAUCCUUGGUCUCAACCACCACAUCUCAGUACCAAGAUGAGAAUGGCUCUACGGACAAAAAGACUCGGGCCCCAGGUGAUUAAUGAAUUUAUAGGCGGCCUGUGUCUGCAAAGUCCUGUGGAUCCCAGUGGAUCUGGAGUGGCUGGUUGGUCUACACCACUGGUGAAUGCACCACCAUUUACUCACCCUGCCACUGGUGGGCAUUUGCUGUCUUCACUGUAUGACCAUCACGACUGGCUCUGCUAUGAAUGCACCGGCCUCUCGUUUGAGUUCAGCCUGAGCAUUUCGCAGCUGGGAUUGGAGUUGCUGCUCAUGGAGGUGUUUGGCAUUAGUGGAUGCUGCUUAAGAGCUUUUUACAAAGCUCUUUCCAGAGCUUCUCCCAGCACUUCUGAUAGUCAGCAUUCUUCCUGACACAGGAUUGUGAGACUUUUUAAUGUUUGUGGAUCCAAUGGCUUAUGGCUUCCCUGAUAACUGAGAGGUUGAUAAGUUCUCAGAUGUUAAUUGAACCUUAGAAAUCUUCAUAAUGUGUCCAUUUGUUUACCCAUUUUUCUUCAUUUAUUUGAAUGCAUUUUUAUAUUCUCUUGAUAAUUAAAGUGCUACAAACACCCUCCAAAAAUACUUGCCCUAAUCAUUUAUUACUAUGUUGAUUGCAAAGUAAUGAUUUUCUAUCACUAAUGAACUAUGCCUUCCAGCUUCUCUCUUGCAUUUCAAGGGUACUCCUAUUCAGCCUACUCUGUGCAUGUAUGUAAGCAUGUCAGGGCUGAGGUAGACUUUAUGACCUCUGAGAUCCUUACUAACUUGAUUCUGAUUGAAGAGAAAGAUAAUUAGUUUAAAGUAAUAUUAAAUUUCAUAGGAAAAAUAUUUUUUGGAUUUGUAAUAUUUGCUUUAAGAACAUUUAUUGAGAUAUAUAUGCAGGAAAGUCUACCUCAUUCAUGUAUAACUCACUGUUUUUACAGUCUCUGGAAACACAGGGCACAUCUCUGUAAACAGCAUCCACAUCAACAAACAGAACAUCACCAGCUCUCCAGCAGCCUCACCACCCCAAAUGGACUAUUUGCUUUUCAUCUGGCAUAAUCAACAAUCUUCUUUCAGUGUUCUGAAUAAAUACAUGACAGGAAAUGUCCAGAAACAUAAUCUAAGAGCAAUUUAGUAUUUUCAACUUCAAAUUCCUGUCUAUUUUCUUUCAUUGAUGAGCCUAGAAAACUUAGAAACAUUUGGAUAUCUUUUAGUUUGCUUCCCUAAAAUGUGAACAAACAUGAUUAAGUAUUUGAUUAUUCAAUAAAUAUUUUGACCAACUACACAUCGUGCCAGACACUGUCAUAAAUGCCUAGAUUACACAGACAGAUAAGAACACCACUGGUGAAUGCACCACCAUUUGCUCACCCUGCCACUGGUGGGCAUACUGGUACCUGACUUCAAGAAUGACCAAGGGGAUAAAUCACAGCUCAGGGGGAUACAUGCAGUAGUGGAGGGACAUACGAGCGGGAUAGGCAAUGUCACUGUUCUCAAAGAGCUCGCAGUUCAGUGGCCAUAGAACCAGUGAGAGGAAAGAUUGAAGAUAAUGAAUCCUAGCAACAGAAGACACCACUGACAGCCUCCAUGGAGGCUUGGUCUUCUGAGGUGGAGUGGCUGGGUGUGGAAAAAAAAAUGGGAGAAAGGAUGAUGGUCUAUAGUAAUAGUAAUGUUAGUCAUUUCUUAAGACAAAGCUGAACUAGUUUCAGCAAUUUCUGUAUUCAAUAAAUGUGUUCCCUGUAGGUUAAAUGCAAUGGUGUACGUAGUCUCAACAUUAAAUGCAUAGUAAUUACUAUUAAUAAAUGCUCAUGUUUCCCCAGUCA